AUGAACGUCUUCGGUGCUUCAACGCGGCAAUUACGGUGUCUACGGAAUAUUAGGUGCCCACAAUGGCAUGUCCCCGUGGUGCGGCCCCUCGCCCGGGGCAUCCAAACGGAGAGCGGCAGCAUCGACCAGAACGCCGUCGCGCAGCUCGAGACUAGCGGCGCCUUCGACAUGAAAUCCAUCAUGGCGGCGCCCGAGCUUCAACUAUCGCAGAUCAAGUACGCGCGUACGGUGCCCGUAUCGCCCUCGUACUUCUCCCGAACCCCCCAAUUCAACGACGAGCUCGUCAAGGUCCAGGGCCUUUUGACCAGGUACUUGGAGCUGCCGACGGUUCCCUCGCAACAGGCUCCCAGAAUCGCGUGGAAGACGCUGGAGGAUUAUCGUGCGUUCACCGGAGAACACGUAAAGGCCUCUCAUUUCGGAAGGGCUCUCAAGAUUGCGAAGCGGUUAAACACAAUCGACCCGGCUCUCGCGCCAAAGGAGGUCACGCAAGCCUUGGAGGUUUGGGCCAAGGAUAUCGAUCCGUUCAGCAACAAGCCCAAGCCCAUUCCCGUCGAUAAGUUCGGCAGGGCUAUCGGUGUCGGCAAGCGAAAGGAGGCUGUCGCUAGGGCGUGGGUGGUCGAGGGAACCGGCGAGGUCCUUAUCAACGGCAAGACCCUCACCGAGGCGUUUGGCCGUGUCCAUGACCGUGAGAGCGCGGUGUGGGCCCUCCACGCUACGAACCGCUUGGAUAAAUACAAUGUGUGGGCGCUUGUGGAAGGUGGUGGACCUACUGGUCAGGCUGAGGCCAUGACUUUGGCGGUGGCCAAGGCUUUGCUUGCUCACGAGCCGGCCUUGAAACCCGCUCUUCGACGAGCCGGCUGUAUCACGAGAGAUCCAAGAGAGGUAGAGAGGAAGAAGGCCGGUCACCUCAAGGCCCGGAAGAGGCCGGCCUGGGUCAAGCGAUAA